GUGAUUUUUAGCUAUUAAAUAAUAGCAUGACGGUUUAAUCAAAAAAUAGUGAAAAUCCUGAAGACUUACAAAGAUGGCUGCAGCACAGAAAUUGGACGAGCGUCAUCACUACAUGUGUUGGCAUGUGGGAAGUACUAUUGAUAUGGAAACACAUGUAGUUGAGUCAAUUCUGUUAAAAGAUCAAAAUUUCAGCUUUUUUGAGGAAUUUUUUCGGAUUGGUGGUUGUCGAGUUCUAACAAUGUUUUAUCAAGAGCAUCAGCCAGCUUGGAUGAUUCAACAGAAAAAAAAUUCAAAACCAGAUAGGGGAAAUAGGCCACCACCUGCAAGUUUGUCUGACCGAGGAGCUCACGGAGUACAACAAACUCAAACAGAAUUCAAGAAAAAAUAUCUCUUUCUUACAAAAGGAGAUACUGAGCCAUUGACUGGAUGGUGUUUCUUCUUUGUUCGCCAUUCUAAUGAGUCAGCAAUUGAAGUUGGAAAUAUACAUAAAGAUGUUUUCUUUGGAAACUUUCUUGUAGAAAAUGGAAAUCUUCUUGAUGCAGUGAAAUUUUACAUGUCAAAAGUAAUAUUUCCACAAAUUGCAGCUACAAAGAACUGGGGAGUACUAACAGGGAAACGAAAAACAGAUUUACAAGUUUGGUUUCUGGAAGAAUUUGAAAGAUUCAUCGAAUGUCUUGGGAACGCUAAUGCAAACCUACAAAGUCAAACUAUCAAGUUAACCCAUAUUGAUUUGGGAUUUGAUGUAAAAUCUGUUUCUCCCAGUCAGCUUUCAGCAAUGUCUGCAGACCCUCAGGUUCUUGAAAAUCUUGAAAAACAAAUGUUAAUAUGGACAAAAGAAAUCGAUCAGGUUCUUGUUACGAGUGAACAAAUAUUAUGUGAAGCUGAUGACUGUGGUCCUGCAGCAGAAUUAGAACACUGGAAGAGAAGAACUGCGCAAUUUGAUGGUUUAUUGAACGAAAUAAGAGAUCCACGAGUGCGUUCUAUAUCAUCAGCAUUGAAUGCUGUUAGGUCAAAGAGCAUAAAAAAAUGGAAGGAAAUGGAUGCUCAUAUUACUGAUGCAACAAAUGAAGCAAAAGACAAUGUGAAAUACCUUUACACUCUUGAUAAAUUCUUUGGACCCUUAGUAAAAUGCACUCCUAUGGGCAUGAUUGAUCAUGUAGCUUCAUUGAUGAAUACUGUUCGAAUGAUAUACAGCAUAUCUCAAUUCUACAACACAUCGGAAAGAAUGACAUCAUUGUUUGUAAAAAUAACUAAUCAGAUGGUUUCUACUUGCAAGGCUUUUUUGUACCAAGAUGUGACAAAGAUUUGGGAACAUUCACGCAAGGAACUCAUAAAGCGUAUUGAUGAGUGUAUAAAACUGAAUGAAGCAUAUCAAAGUCAAUUUCAAAAAACAAAAGAAAAGCUUCAACAAAAUCCAGCUGAAAGACAAUUUGAAUUCAGUGAAAAUUAUAUUUUUGGAAGGUUCGAUACAUUUUGCAAAAGAGUUGAUCAAAUUAGAGAAAUGGCAAUGAUAAUGGAACAGUUGUCAACACUUCCGAAUAUAAAAAUACAAGGUCUUGAAAGUUACGCAAUGAAAUACAAAACAAUUGUUGCCAAUGUGAAGAAAAAAUCAUAUGAUCAUCUCAAUCAUCGAUCCCAUGAAUUUGAUACUGAAUAUUCUGAUUUUAAGUCACAAAUUGACAGUGUUCAAGAAGGAAUACAAAACCUGGUUGAAGUAUUAUUUGAAAGAAAUAUGUCGACAGUUGAAAGUUUUCGACUGAUCUCAAAAUUUGAGCUCAUCAAAGGUGUAGAAAUUGAACUCUGGGAAAAGUAUUUUAAAACUCUGCAACAGUUCAUGAAAGAACUUGAAAACACAAAAAAGAUAUAUGCCAAGCAAUGCAAAGAUCCACCGCUAUCAAGGAAUGCUCCUCCACUGGCAGGCAGAAUCAUGUGGGCAAGACAGCUUUUCAGGCGUCUCGAAACAUCAAUGAAUGCAAUGCAACUGCAACCAACUUUAAUGAAAAGUAAUGAAGCAAAAGUUGUUAUUAAGACUUACAAUAAGGUUGCUGCCUGUUUACUUGAAUAUGAGGUUCUCUUCCAUAGAACUUGGUGCCGUGGUAUUGAGAAAAAUAAGAAAGGUUUGAUGUCAUCUCUGAUUGUCCGUCACCCAGAAGCAAAAACUUUGCAUGUCAACUUUGACCCCAAAGUAUUGGAACUUUUUAGUGAGACCCGCCAUAUGCGAGCUCUACAUCUUGAUGUUCCUGAAUUUGCUGCAAUAAUGGCAGGGUUAAAUGAGAAAAAUUUGAAACGAAGAGCCGAUUUGUUGGAUGAUCUUAUUAGGCGUUAUGAUAAUAUUGUAAAAGACAUACCUCUAGUACUCCAGCCAUUGAUGAAAAGUCAUGUAUCGCAGCUUGAAGAUGUUUUCAUGCCUGGUCUCACAAUUCUGAAUUGGUGUUCUUUAAAUAUUGACAAAUUUAUCAAUCAAAUUGAAGCUGCUGAAGAUGAGUUUGAAUUUUUCUUGAAACAAUUACAUGAUACUUUGGAAUGCAGAAUUGAAAAAAUACUGGAGGAAAUGUCUCAAACGUUGUUUGUAGCAAUACCUGAAUCUGAGCCCAUCAAUAUAAUGACAUUCUUCGAAUUGGCUGAAAAGGCCAUUAAUACCAGCGUUACACGUUUGAUUCGACAAACAUCUGUUGUUGAAAAAUGUGUGAUUGAACUCAUUGGCAAUCUAACAUCAAGAAUGAAGCCUGCAGACAAAGCAAACUUGUUUGAGCCAUAUUUCUGUUCCCAUCAUGAGGCAAAGAUGAAGGGUCAAAGAUGUCAAGAAUGUCAAUCAUGCUUGGUAUUCAACACCCUCAAUUCAUUUUCCCAAAGAAACAUGGAUUCUCUUGUUAAAUGUACAAAGUUUUCUUUGGAAAAGAUGAAACGUUCUUUGAAGAUAAAAAGAGGAUCGUCUACAGAUAAUUUAAGAAGAAAUGAAUCAUUGAAUUCUCCACCAAUAAUAAUGACAGAUAUUGUUUUGUCAUUACCAAAUGUUGCAAUUCAACCAAGCUUAGAAGAAAUUCAGCAUCUACUUAACAAAAUUGUUCAAAAUAUUAUCAAUUGCACAAGCAAACUUCCACAGUGGAAACAAAGUAUCAAUGCACAGCGAGAAGCUGAAUUGAAUCAAGGAGACGAAUCACCGUCUCCUAUAAAACCAAUGCAUAAGAUAAUUGGAGAUCACAAAGAUAUUGUAAAACUUUCUUCACAAGUAUCAACAACCAUCAGUUCAUUGAAGUCAGAGUGUGGUCAAGUUCUUAAUAAACUUUCUGAGGCUGGAGAUUUUUCUGAAAUAUGGGAAAAAGAUGCUGAAACUAAAUUAAAGGAUUUUCUUCAAAAUAAUCCCUCUCUUUCAGAAUAUGAAGAGCAGAUAAAAUAUUACCAUAAACUAGAGGAAAAAGUUGACAACAUUGUAGAUAGCCUAGUUGAGGGCCCCAUUGUUUUUUCAACAAAUCAGUUAAAACUUGCUUUGAAGAUGGAAUGUAAGGCUGCAAAAGUUGCUUUUGGGAAAGCUUUGAAUCAUAAAGCUGGCCAAAUGAUGGAGGAAGUAUUUGAGUUUGUUGAUUCUAUUGGAAAGCGUGUCACAAGAACUCUUGAAGAUCUCGAUGAUGUCAGAAUAACAAUGAGUGCACUUGAAGAAUUAAGACAGGAAGAAAUACGAAUUGAUUCAAAAAUUGGACCAGUUGAGGAAGCAUAUAACCUAUUAAACAAAUUGGAACUGAGUUUUGGGGAUGGAAAUGCAGAAACUGUAGAUAGUCUUGGGUAUGCUUGGAAGACUCUACAAAAUCAGGUGACUGAAGCUCAAGAUAAUUUACUGAAGGUUCAACCAAUGUUUCGAACAAACCUAACACAAUCUGUUCAACAAUUUGCUGAAGACAAUGAUUCUUUCACAAAAAGUUAUAGGGAAUCUGGACCAAAUGAAGAAGGAAUUGCUCCGAGAGAAGCAAGUGAUAGACUUGCAUUGUACCAGGGUGGAUUUGAUGAAUUGUGGAACAAAUUUCAAACAUAUUCUGCAGGAGAGGAAUUAUUCGGGUUGACAGUGACUGAAUAUCCAACAUUGCAUAAGAUAAAGAAGGAAUUGAACAUGCUAUCGAAGCUAUACUCAUUGUAUAAUGCUGUGAACAAAAGUGUAGAUGGUUACUAUGAGAUCUUGUGGCAGGAUUUGGAUAUUGAAAGUGUCAAUUCUGAAUUGAUUGAAUUCCAAAAUAAAUGCAGAAAACUUCCAAAAGGAUUAAAAGAAUGGCCAGCAUAUAAUGAUUUGAAGAAAAAAAUUGAUGAUUUCAAUGAAUGCUGCCCUCUAUUGGAAAUGAUGGCACACAAAGCCAUGAAAGAAAGACAUUGGGAAAGAAUUGCCACUCUUACAAAUCAUACAUUUGAAAUUGACUCUGACAAUUUUAUGUUGAGAAAUAUAAUGGAAGCACCAAUACUUCAACACAAAGAAGACAUUGAGGAUAUAUGUAUAUCAGCGACGAAGGAGAAGGAUAUCGAAGCAAAAUUAAAAGCCACAAUUGCAGAGUGGGAAGGACAUAAUUUCACAUUUACUGCCUUUAAAUCUCGAGGGGAACUUCUUUUAAAAAGUGCAGAUAUUCAAGAAAUUGUUGCAUUACUAGAAGAUAGUUUGAUGGUGUUGGCGUCUCUGAUGAGUAAUCGAUAUAAUGUUCCAUUCAAAGCAAAAAUUCAAUUGUGGGUUAAUAAACUUUCUGGAACAACAGAAAUUAUAGAGCAAUGGAUGACAGUUCAAAAUUUAUGGAUAUAUUUAGAAGCUGUGUUUGUAGGAGGUGAUAUUGCAAAACAAUUACCACAGGAAGCUAAACGAUUUUCUAACAUAGAUAAAUCUUGGCAGAAGAUAAUGCAAAGAGCACAUGAAACAACAAAUGUUGUCAAUUGUUGUGUAGGUGAUGAAAUGCUGUCACAACUGCUUCCACAUUUGCUUGAGCAGCUUGAGAUGUGUCAAAAGUCAUUGACUGGGUAUUUGGAGAAAAAGCGACUUGUUUUUCCUAGAUUCUUCUUUGUGUCUGAUCCUGCUUUGCUAGAGAUACUUGGACAAGCCAGUAAUUCCCACAGUAUUCAGGCUCAUUUACUUGGAAUAUUUGAUAAUGUCUGCACAGUGAGUUUUCAUGAGAAGGAUUAUGAUCGAAUUAUUGGUAUAAACUCUCGUGAACAAGAGCAUAUUGAUUUGGAAAAAGCGAUUGUUGCUCAGGGUAAUGUUGAAAUUUGGUUGGGAUCUCUGUUAAAUGAAAUCAAGCGAAGUGUUCAUGGUGUGAUUCGACAGGCUUUUUUUGGAAUUGAAGAUACGGCAUUCAAGAUGCUCGAGUUUCAGAACAUUUUCCCAGCUCAGAUAGGUCUUCUCGGAAUUCAGAUGAUUUGGACAAGGGACAGUGAAAAAGCAUUAAAAAAUGCUAAAUCUGAUAAAAAGAUAAUGCAAACAACCAAUCAAUAUUUUUUGGAUAUGUUGAAUGAAUUGAUUCAAGUAACAACUCGAGAUCUGACCAAGAUGGAACGUGUUAAGUUCGAAACUCUUGUAACAAUUCAUGUUCAUCAAAGAGAUAUAUUUGAUGAUCUGGUGAGAAUGCAUAUCAAAUCACCUAUCGACUUUGAAUGGUUGAAACAGUCAAGAUUUUAUUUUCAAGAAGAUACAGAUAAAUGUGUUGUGUCUAUUACUGAUGUUGAUCAUAGUUAUCAAAAUGAAUAUCUUGGAUGCACUGAUAGACUUGUUAUAACUCCACUCACUGACAGGUGCUACAUCACACUUGCCCAGGCUCUUGGAAUGAGUUUAGGAGGAGCACCCGCAGGCCCUGCUGGAACUGGAAAAACAGAAACAACCAAGGAUAUGGGGAAAUGCCUUGGAAAAUAUGUUGUUGUUUUCAAUUGUUCUGAUCAAAUGGAUUAUCGUGGAUUAGGGAGAAUCUACAAAGGACUUGCUCAAUCAGGAUCUUGGGGCUGUUUUGAUGAAUUUAAUCGCAUUGAAUUGCCUGUGCUGUCAGUUGCGGCUCAACAGAUUUCAAUAGUUCUUGUUGCUAAGAAAGAAAGGAAAAAACAAUUUAUAUUCACUGAUGGUGAUGUUGUAUCUUUGAAUCCUGAAUUUGGAUUAUUUUUGACCAUGAAUCCAGGAUAUGCUGGAAGACAAGAACUACCAGAAAAUUUGAAAAUUAAUUUUCGUCUAGUUGCCAUGAUGGUUCCAGAUCGACAAAUUAUAAUGAGAGUAAAAUUGGCUGCAUGUGGAUUUGUUGAAAAUAUUCAUUUAUCAAGAAAAUUUUAUACUUUGUAUAAGCUCUGUGAAGAACAACUUACCAAACAGGUACAUUAUGAUUUUGGGUUACGUAAUAUUUUAUCGGUAUUGCGAACUCUCGGUGCAAGUAAACGAUCAAAUCCUGAAGAUUCUGAAAUGACUAUUGUAAUGAGAAUUUUGCGAGAUAUGAAUUUAUCAAAACUUGUUGACGAAGAUGAACCUUUAUUCCUAUCACUGAUAAAUGAUUUGUUUCCUGGAAUUAUACUCGAUAAAGUUGGUUAUCCUGCAGUUGAAGCUGCAAUACUACAUCAGGUUGAAGAAUUUGGUUUGAUAUUUCAUCCACCUUGGGUAUUGAAGUUGAUUCAAUUGUAUGAGACACAAAGAGUACGACAUGGUAUGAUGACAUUAGGACCAAGUGGAUCUGGUAAAACAACAUGCAUCCAUACGUUGAUGAAAACAAUGACUGAAUGUGGCAGCCCUCACAGAGAAAUGCGAAUGAAUCCAAAAGCUAUCACUGCAUCACAAAUGUUUGGACUGCUUGAUGUGGCAACAAAUGAUUGGACUGAUGGUAUUUUUAGUACAUUGUGGAGAAGAACUCAUAAAACUAAAAAGAAUGAAAAUGUUUGGUUGGUUUUGGAUGGACCUGUUGAUGCAAUAUGGAUUGAAAAUUUGAAUUCUGUGUUGGAUGACAAUAAAACUCUGACUCUUGCUAAUGGAGAUCGUAUACCAAUGGCACCAAACUGCAAAAUUAUAUUUGAACCUCAUAAUAUUGAUAAUGCCUCACCAGCAACAGUUUCAAGGAAUGGAAUGGUCUAUAUGAGUUCGUCUAUUAUGGACUGGGAACCGAUCACGAAAGCGUGGUUGAAAAAUUUUCCAAAUCUAAUGUCAGAAGUUCUACUUCCUGCUUUUGAAUCUGUUUUUCCGGCAACAUAUCAAUAUAUGUCCACAAUGCUUUUUCCAACAAUGGACUUGCUCGAAUGUAUGUAUGUGCAACAGGCAUUGAAACUAAUCAAUGGUCUUCUCCCUGAAGCAGAAGAUGGAUAUAAGCAUAUGAAAAAAUCACAUCUCGAGAGGCUCUUUUUGUUUGCCAUUAUGUGGUCUCUUGGUGCAUUACUCGAAUUACCUGAUCGUGAAAAACUUCAAACUUUUUUGUAUGAACAUAAGAAACAGCAUGGUGUUCCGGAUUUGCCUGCAAUGCCAGAAGGAGAAUCACAUACUAUAUUUGAAUAUAUGGUGAAUGAUCAUGGUGAAUGGGAACACUGGUCAAACAGACUUCCUGUGUAUGAAUAUCCAACUGACAGUGUGCCUGAGUAUUUAUCAAUACUUGUUCCAAAUGUAGAUAAUGUUCGAAUGGACUUCCUAAUGCAUAAUAUCAUGAAACAGGAAAAGGCUGUAUUGCUGAUAGGUGAGCAAGGAACUGCAAAAACUGUGAUGAUUAAAAGUUAUAUGAAUGUUCAGUACAAUCCAGAAGUUCAUAUGACGAAAUCAUUGAAUUUUUCAUCAGCAACUACUCCACUUAUGUUUCAGAGAACGAUUGAGAGUUAUGUUGAUAAAAGAGUCGGAACCACAUUUGGCCCUCCAGCAGGUAAAAAAAUGACAGUGUUUGUUGACGAUAUCAAUAUGCCAAUUAUUAAUGAAUGGGGCGAUCAAAUUACAAACGAAAUUGUUCGACAACUAAUGGAAGCCAAAGGGUUCUUCAACCUGGAAAAACCAGGAGAUUUCACAAACAUAGUUGAUAUUCAAUUUGUUGCUGCAAUGAUACAACCUGGUGGUGGAAGGAAUGAUAUUCCUCAAAGAUUGAAGAGGCAGUUCACUAUUUUCAAUUGCACUUUACCAUCAAAUGCUUCAAUUGAUAAAAUAUUUUCAACAAUUGGAUGUGGAUAUUUUUGUGAGGAAAGAAAUUUCACUCAGACUGUUACGUCACUGAUAGUGAAGUUAGUUCCUGCAACCCGUAGACUAUGGCAAGUGGUGAAAGGAAAAAUGCUACCAACUCCAGCUAAAUUUCACUAUAUAUUUAAUCUUCGUGAUUUGAGUAGGAUAUGGCAGGGUAUGCUUCAAAUGACAAGUGAAGUUGGAACAUCUGAGGAAACUAUCAUUUUACUCUGGAAGCAUGAAUGUACAAGAGUGGUAGCUGAUAGAUUUGUCAACUCCCAAGACACUGCAUGGUUUCACAAAGCUUUAAAAAAUGUUGGGACAGAAAUACUUGGGGCUGAAUUUUCAUCUCAUUUAGCAAAAGAACCAUAUUUUGUUGAUUUUCUUCGUGAUGCCCCAGAGAUGACUGGAGAAGAGGAAGAUGAUGCUUGUUUUGAUGCUCCUAAAAUCUAUGAACCAAUAAAUUCCAUGGAUGAAUUGAGAGAUCGGUUAAAAAUGUUCAUGACUCAAUAUAAUGAGGCUAUUAGGGGAGCUGGGAUGGAUCUAGUAUUUUUUACUGAUGCAAUGACCCAUUUGGUCAAAAUAUCUCGUGUUCUGAACACUCCCAGAGGAAAUGCUUUAUUGGUUGGAGUGGGUGGAUCAGGAAAGCAAUCCCUGACAAGACUGACAUCAUUCAUUGCUGGAUAUAAAUCAUUUCAAAUUACAUUGACAAGAUCCUACAAUACUAGCAAUCUUCUUGAUGAUUUGAAAAUAUUGUACAGGAAUGCAGGAUUAGAAGGAUUAGGAAUUACAUUCAUAUUCACUGAUAAUGAAGUUAAGGAAGAGGCAUUUUUGGAAUAUCUCAAUAAUGUUUUAGCUUCUGGAGAGCUUUCUAAUUUGUUUGCACGAGACGAAAUCGAUGAAAUCACAAAUGAAUUGAUUCCUGUCAUGAAAAAAGAAUAUCCCCGGCGUCCUCCUACAAAUGAAAAUCUUUAUGAUUAUUUUAUCAGCAGAGUAAAAAGUAAUCUUCAUGUUGUCCUGUGUUUUUCACCAGUUGGAGAAAAAUUUCGCUCAAGAUCAAUGAAGUUUCCUGGGCUUAUUUCAGGUUGCACAAUUGACUGGUUUUCAAGAUGGCCACAUGAUGCUUUGGUUGCAGUUGCAAAGCAUUUUAUUUCGGAUUUUGAAAUUCAGUGUACAAGUGAGAUGAAAGAAAGUUUGUAUCAUGUCAUGGGAUCGUUCCAGGAUAUAGUGGCUGAAACGUGCAUUGAAUAUUUUGAACGAUUUCGUAGACAGACACAUGUCACCCCAAAAUCGUAUUUGUCCUUUCUUGACAGCUAUAAAACAAUAUAUUCUGAAAAGUUGAAAUUUAUUGGGAAUCUUGCUCAGAGAAUGAAUACAGGUUUGGACAAACUGGUAGAAGCGACACAAUCCGUGAAUCAACUGUCUGCAGAGCUGGUGGAAAAGGAAAAAGAUCUUGUUGUUGCCUCCAAGAAGGCAGAUGAAGUGCUUAUAACAGUCACUGCAUCAGCUACUGCUGCUGAAAAAGUUAAAGCUCAGGUACAAAAAGUCAAAGACAAGGCUCAGGCUGUAGCAGAUGUAAUAACGGUGGAUAAAAAACUUGCUGAAACAAAGCUGGAAGCUGCUAAACCUGCACUGAAGGCUGCAGAAGAAGCUUUACAAACUAUCAAACCGGCAGAUAUUGCAACAGUGAGAAAGCUCGGAAAACCUCCACAUCUUAUCAUGAGGAUUAUGGAUUGUGUUCUCAUAUUGAUGCAGAGAAAAAUCAAUAAAGUUGAACAAGAUCCUGAACGACCAUGUAUAAAACCUUCUUGGAGUGAAGCUCAGAAAUUAUUGAAUGAUUCAAAGUUUUUGACUUUAUUAUUAGAAUUUCCAAAGGACUCGAUCACGGCAGAAACAGUUGAUUUGAUGGAGCCUUAUCUUACACAGGAAGAUUACAAUUUUGAAAGUGCAAAAAAAGUGUGCGGCAAUGUGGCUGGCUUAUGUUCAUGGACUGAAGCUAUGGCUACUUUCUAUGGUAUAAACAGAGAAGUCUUGCCCCUAAAGGCUAAUCUAGUCAUUCAAGAAAAAAGACUUGCUGUAGCAAAUGAAGAUCUUGCUAAUGCACAAGCAACACUGGAUGAAAAGCAAGCUGAACUUGAUAAAGUGCAAGCCAUCUAUGAUUCUGCAAUGCAAAACAAACAGGCUUUGAUAGAUGAUGCUGAGGCCUGUAAAAGAAAGAUGACAAAUGCAAAAACUUUGAUCAAUGGUUUAGGUGGAGAAAAAAUCCGCUGGACAGAAGCAAGUAGAAGAUUUCAGCAGGAAAUCAAUAGGUUGGUUGGUGACGUAUUACUUUGUUGUGGAUUUUUAUCUUAUUCCGGACCUUUCAAUCAAGAAUUUCGCACUCAACUUAUUAAUUCAUGGAAAAAAGAGUUGAGAAAACAUAAGGUUCUAUUUUUUGAGAAUCUGAACAUUUCAUCAAUGCUAGAAGAAAGUGCAACUAUAAAUGAUUGGAAUUUACAGGGUUUGCCAAGUGAUGAUUUAUCAGUGCAGAAUGGAAUUAUUGUGACAAAAGCGCUCCGUUUUCCACUUAUAAUUGAUCCACAAACUCAAGGAAAAACUUGGAUCAAGAAUCGUGAAUCACAAAAUGAUUUGCAGGCGACAACUCUCAAUCAUAAAUAUUUUCGUACUCAUCUUGAGGAUGCUCUUUCACUUGGAAGACCUUUACUAAUAGAAGAUGUUGGAGAAGAAAUAGAUCCGGUUCUUGACAAUGUAUUGGAAAAAAAUUUCAUCAAGUCUGGAUCUUCAUUCAAGGUAAAACUAGGAGAUAAAGAAGUUGAUGUUCAGUCAGGAUUUCGAAUGUAUAUUAGCUCUAAGAUGGCAAAUCCUGCUUACACUCCUGAAGUUAGCGCACGGACAUCAAUCAUUGAUUUCACUGUGACAAUUCGUGGCUUGGAAGAUCAGUUACUCGCCAGAGUCAUUGUAACUGAAAAACAGGAAUUAGAAAGUGAAAGGGUGAAACUUUUGGAAGAUGUUGGUGAAAACAGAAGGAAAAUGAAAGAACUGGAAGAUAAUCUUUUGUACAGAUUAACUUCCACAAAAGGAUCAUUAGUGGAGGAUGAAAGUUUAAUCCAAGUGCUGCAGACUACCAAAAGAACUGCAGAGGAAGUCAGUGAAAAACUUAAUAUUGCUGAAGAUACAGAAAUGAAAAUUAAUACAGCGCGAGAAGAAUAUAGGCCAGUUGCUACACGAGGAUCAAUUCUUUAUUUUCUAAUAACUGAAAUGAGUUUGGUCAACGUUAUGUAUCAAACAUCACUUGCUCAGUUCUUAAACAUCUUCGAUAUCAGUAUAGUCAGGUCACCCCGCUCUCCAAUUCCGGCAAAAAGAAUUGCUAAUGUUAUUGAGCAUUUAACAUAUGCCAUUUUCUGCUAUACUGCUCGUGGCUUGUAUGAGGAACAUAAAUUCAUAUUCACUUUAUUGCUUGCAUUGAAAAUUGAUUUACAAGGAGGAAAACUAAAUCGUCAAGAAUUUGAUAUUCUUAUAAAAGGUGGAGCAUCUUUAGAUUUGAAUGCUGUUGCUCCUAAGCCCAAAAAAUGGAUUCUGGACAUCACAUGGUUGAACCUUGUACAACUGACUUGUCUUCAUCAGUUUAAGCAAGUCACUACACAAAUCACAGCCAAUGAUAAACCAUGGAAGCAAUGGUUUGAUGAAGAAGCUCCAGAAGAAUGUGAAAUACCAGAAGGUUAUAAUAAAUCAUUAGAUACAUUCAGAAAAUUGUUAUUGAUAAGAAGUUGGUGUCCUGACCGUACUAUGCCAAUGGCUAGAUACUACAUACACGAGUCUUUGGGAAAACCAUUUGUUGAAGGUGUAAUUCUGAAUUUGGAAACAAUGUGGGAGGAGAGUAUACCUACAACUCCCAUGGUUUGUUUAUUGUCUAUGGGUUCUGAUCCGACUGAAGCUAUUGAAAAAUUGGCAAAGAAACACAGUUUGAGAUGCCAAGCUAUAUCAAUGGGACAAGGACAAGAAAUUCAUGCCAGGCGUUUAAUGCAACAAGCUAUGACUGAAGGUGGUUGGGUUUUGUUUCAAAAUUGUCAUCUUGGUCUUGACUUUAUGGAUGAAUUACUUGAUACUUUGCAAGACAUGGCUGAAUGUGAUCCAAGUAUGAGAGUCUGGAUAACUACUGAAGUCAAUCCAAAAUUUCCUAUUACUUUACUUCAAUCAUCUAUCAAAUUUACAAAUGAACCUCCUCAGGGCAUGAAAGCGGGAUUGAAACGAACAUACGGCGGUGUGUCACAGGAGCUGCUUGAAGUGACAAACAUGCCACAGUGGAAGCCCCUCUUGUAUACUACAGCAUUUGUACAUUCAGUUGUUCAAGAAAGGAGGAAAUUUGGUCCAUUGGGAUGGAAUAUUCCAUAUGAAUUCAACCAAUCUGAUUUCACAGCAUGUAUUCAAUUUAUUCAAAAUCACUUGGAUGAUAUAGAUCCUAAGAAGGGUGUUUCAUUCAAGACAAUAAAUUACAUGAUAGGUGAAGUUCAGUAUGGAGGAAGAGUAACUGAUGAUUAUGAUAAAAGAUUAUUGAAUACUUUUUGUAGAGUAUGGCUCGGUGAACAUAUGUUUGAUCCAAAGUUUGCAUUCUUUGCAAAAGGUGGAUACACUAUCCCACGAUGUUCAAAUAUUGAAGAUUAUCGAUUACAAAUUGAAAAUCUUCCAGAUGUAGAUUCACCUGAAGUGUUUGGAUUACACCCGAAUGCAGAUGUCACCUAUCAGACCAAUACUGCAAACAUGGUUUUCUGCACAAUUCAAAGUAUUCAGCCAAAAGAUUCUUCUGGGGGUGGCGGUGAAACUCGAGAGAGUGUGGUUGAGAGAAAUGCAAAAGAAAUGCUAGAAAAACUUCCUCCUGAUUAUCUUCCUCAUGAAGUGAAAGAUAAAUUGAAAAAAAUGGGAAUAUUGGAACCUUUAAACAUAUUUCUUAGGCAGGAGGUUGACCGAAUGCAGAGAGUUAUAAGCACAGUUCGAACUGCACUCACUGAUCUACAGCUUGCUAUUGAAGGAACUAUCAUUAUGAAUGAGGCAUUGAGAGAUACAUUGAAUAGUAUUUUUGAUGCAGUGGUACCUGAAUCAUGGAGAAAGAUAUCAUGGGACUCAUCAACGAUAGGAUUUUGGUUUACUGAUUUACUUGACAGAAAUGCUCAAUUUCGAACCUGGUUAUUUGAUGGAAAACCAAACCAAUUUUGGAUGACAGGAUUUUUUAAUCCUCAAGGCUUUCUUACCGCAAUGAGACAAGAAAUCACUAGAAAUCAUCAAGGGUGGGCACUGGAUAAUGUCACGUUACAUAAUGAUGUUACAAGAAUGCUGAAGGAAGAUGUUUUAUCACCGCCUGAUGAGGGAGUUUAUAUCUAUGGGUUGUUUCUUGAUGGUGCUGGAUGGGAUAAACGAAAUAUGAAGCUGAUAGAGCCUGCUAAUAAGGUAUUGUUUACAAAUUUGCCUGUUGCUCAUGUAUAUGCCAUCAAUGCAAUGGCAGGAGGAACGUCUUCAGUUAAGCCACGAUCUGGUUAUGCUUUUUAUGAAUGUCCCACUUACAAGAAACCAUGUAGGACUGACCUCACAUAUAUAUUUCCACUAAAAUUGUGCACAACAUUAGCCCAUGGUCCUGACAGGUGGAUUUUGCGCGGAGUUGCACUCUUAUGUGAUACCAAGUGAAACAUUUUGAAUCUGGAAAACUUUAUAAUUAUUAGAAUUGUAAAGGUAGUAUGUAAAUGUGCAUUGAAUACAGUAACUAAACUCUGACAACAAGAAGUUAAAUAGCAACUUUCUUGUUUAAAAUCAUUCACUCUCAAUCUUGGACAGAACAUAUUCCAUGCAUCACUUUUUUUUUAGUCCGAGUUCUACUGAAUCAUGUGUAUUUUCUGAAAUCACAAUGUCCUUUAUAUGUAAUAUUAAUGCAAAGCAGUUUUGUGAUUGUCACAACAACUUGUUCAAGUUAUUGUUGCUUAGUGAUAGUGCCAAUCUUACACUAAGAAUUUGUAGUAGAAAGGUAAAAGCUUAAUUUUCAUUAUUUUUAUUUAAAGUAGAAUUUGAUAGCACCUUUGUGAUUUUCCCAGCAAUGUGUUCAAGUUAUUGUUGCUUAGUCAUACUGGCAAUCUCACACUGAAAAUAUGUAGUAGGUAGAUAAAUGCUUUAUUUUCAUCAUGUAUUUCAAGUAGAAUUUGAAUAGGCUGUGGUUUACCUUGUGAUUCAAUUGUUUCACAAAUAUCCCCUUCCAGGGUCGAAGAGGUAACCCUAUGAAAGUAAAAUUGAAAUCUCUGUGAAUUGAAAAAAUAAAAUCACCAGUGAAAUUAUUAAUUAUCAAGAUUAUUUUUAUUGUAAAUAUGAACCGACAA